GGCGCAGGCUGAUAGCAGAGCAAUCACCACUAAGUCUGAAAUAACUACAAGAACUCAGCUGACGGCUUCCCGAGGGGCCAGGCAGUGAGGAUGGAGGAAGGAAUGAACAUUCUCCAUGACUUUGGGAUCCAGUCAACACGCUACCUCCAGGUGAAUUACCAGGACUCCCAGGAUUGGUUCAUCUUGGUGUCCGUGAUUGCAGACCUCAGGAAUGCCUUCUAUGUCCUCUUCCCCAUCUGGUUCCAUCUCCGAGAAGCUGUGGGCAUCAAACUCCUUUGGGUAGCUGUGAUUGGAGACUGGCUUAACCUCAUCUUUAAGUGGAUUCUCUUUGGACAGCGCCCCUACUGGUGGGUCCUGGACACUGACUACUACAACACCACUGCUGUGCCGCUGAUAAAGCAGUUCCCUGUCACCUGUGAGACUGGACCAGGGAGUCCCUCCGGCCAUGCCAUGGGUACAGCAGGUGUAUACUACGUGAUGGUCACUUCCAUCCUCUCUAUCCUUCGGGGAAAGAAAAAGCCGACCUACAGAUAUCGGUGCUUGAACGUCAUUUUGUGGUUGGGAUUCUGGGCCGUGCAGCUGAACGUCUGUCUGUCACGCAUCUACCUUGCUGCUCAUUUUCCCCAUCAGGUUGUUGCUGGAGUCUUGUCAGGCAUUGCUGUUGCUGAAACUUUCGGCCACAUCCAGAGUAUCUACAAUGCCAGUCUCAAGAAAUAUUUUCUCAUUACCUUCUUCCUGUUCAGUUUUGCCAUUGGAUUUUACCUGCUGCUGAAGGGGCUUGGUGUAGACCUCCUGUGGACUCUAGAGAAAGCCAAGAGAUGGUGUGAGCGGCCAGAAUGGGUCCACAUUGACACCACGCCCUUUGCCAGCCUCCUGAAGAACCUGGGGACCCUCUUUGGCCUGGGACUGGCUCUCAACUCCAACAUGUACAAGGAGAGCUGCAAGGGCAAGCUUAGCAAGUGGUUCCCUUUCCGCCUCAGCUGCAUCGUGGCCUCCCUCAUCUUCCUGCAUCUCUUUGACUCUUUGAAACCCCCAUCCCAAAUCGAGCUGAUCUUCUAUGUUCUGUCCUUCUGCAAGAGUGCAGCAGUGCCCCUGGCAUCUGUCAGUCUCAUCCCCUACUGCCUUGCCCGGGUCCUGGGCCAGCCAGACAAGAAGUCUUUGUAAGGCAUGUGGAGUCUUCAGUAUUUAAAGUCAAUAACUGUGAUGACGAGUGAGGGCAACUAGCGAGGGCAACUAGCGAUGUCUGCCAGCCCACUUUGAGGCCAGAAGUGCCAGAGUCAGCUCAGGUGACCCUCCUUCCUCCUUUGCAAUUCUAAUUGUACUGCGUGAUGUUUUUGCAAAAAGCUAAUAAGGCUAUUUGAAAAAGCCUUGCCUGUUAGAAGUUGGGUAGUUCUGGAUUUUUUUCCCUGAAGACUUAUUUGUUCUUCUGUCAGAUACAAAAGCCAGACUCCCAAGUAGGGUCAGUGCACAAUCCCAGGCUGGGGAUUGACCUGAGAAUUUUCUACCUAUGCUUUUACUUACCCAGCAAAGGAGAAAGGAAAAGUGGAUUUGAUAGGGAAAGAAGGAUGGAUUAAGGAGGAUUUUUCAGUAUCUUGUAUAUCAUGAAAAUUAUGUUAAAUAAUACCUAAAUGGCUUUUAUUAAAAUCUUUAGGUAAGGGACUCUCAAUAGUGGUGGACCAACUUAAAGUAUAAUUGAUAGGUAAUAAGUGGGGAUAAUUCUGCUUCUUGUAUUUUUCUACUAUAUACCUGUAGUCAUUUUAUUUACUAGGAUUUCAGAAGGGCUGCAGUGACCUAGAUUUGUGCUAAAGUCAGAAUAUUCAGGCAUAGGCAGCUUCUCCUCUAUCGCACUAGAUCUUCCUCCUUAUUAGCCCAGCUCUGCUUUCCCCAGAAUUUUCCACUGGCUCCAUGCCCACCCUGUUGGGUACUGAGAUGCCUGAAGGCAAUGCUGUGGUGGUGCUUUUGUAUGUUUUAGUUAAGAUCUGAAAUCUUGGGCAAAAAGGCAAGGGGAAAGAAAGGAGAGGAAGCAAGGAUACCACUCUCCAGAAGGUCACUCCAAUGUUACUUUUGAUGCCUGGAGAGUAACCAUGACUUCUCUCUCUAGCCCAAGUCAACCAGGAGCGCAUUCUUGGAGGGAAAGCCUCCUUGCCUGUUCUCUAGUCUCAGUGGAUUUGCAGAAUAUGUCCUUAAAAAAAUAUGCUGAAGCCUAUUUAUUUGAGAGUCUUUGUUUUUGCUACUAAUUAUACAGUUCACCAUAUAUUAUCAUUCACACCAACCAUCCUGGUCAUAACAUCUUUGAAGAGAAAAAUAUAUGUGUGCAGUAUUUUAUUAAAACAUUUUAUUUAAGAAUGAAGUCAUGUUGAUUACUGUAUUUUAGAUGCAAUGGGAUCUGAAGGUUCUAAUUCUGGUUCAACUAAAUUUCUAGCUCUUUCGCUAUUUCCCUAAACAAAUCAUUUAGUUUCUGUGUACCUAUGUUUUCCCUUUGUAGAAGGAAGGCACUUUAUCUUGGGUUGGUCAGGAGUCCAGUAGAGUUGGGGAGACUCAUAAAGUGUCCAUGGGACCCAGGUAGAAUUGAGCACAUCAACAUAGGCACAAUAUCAUUAGCCAAGAUUGAACAUUAGUUACCAGACCGCAGGUGAGCGAGAGUUGCUCUGUGGGAUCAAACCACAACUUGAGGACAGACAGGCAGGGUCAUUACCAAACUAAGCAAUCUGGGAAUAAUAAGUCAUAACAGCAGAACAAGACUGGGCACUCUCAAAUCCAUAACCCAGUGUCAACAAGGUUUUGGGUUAUAGUUAAAGAAAGUCUGAAUAGGACAAGUCAUAGCACCAAUGAAUGCUCAAGGGAGUUAUUGCAAGUUUCUCUACUAAAUGAUUUAUUUCAUUCUGGGUGUAGGGUCCCACCUCCAAAGGCCUUGAGUUAUUAGCAUAACCCUGGAACUACUGAGGGUGAGAUCUGCUCACCCUUCAGAACUUUGGAAUGUAUUUUUUUUUAGGGAAAGUUGAGUGCCCCUAUUGGAUUUAGUUUCUUCAAGAGGAGAACGAGGCCCCUAAGAGCCUCUAAUGGUCUCACCAAGAGAGAAGGGAAAUGGUCUUGUUCUCUCUGAAUUGAACCCCACUGUUUAGGCGUGGCCUCCAUUCUUGAUGAUUUCGUUGCUUUCAGGGACCAAGUCCAAGUUCCUGGAAAUGAGAUUCUGGUGAAUAGUGCCCCUGCCCAUAGUAGCUGGUAAGGUUGAUAAGGACUCAUAAUAACAGAUAAAAGUGAGUGCUACAUGCCAGGCUCUGUUCUAUGAAUUUUAUUUAUUUAUACACUUAACUCAAUUCUCCCAACAUCUCUGUGAGGUGGGUGCUGUAACUUACCCUCAUAUUACAAACGAAUAGGAACAGAAGAGUUAAGUAUCUUGCCUAGAAUGGUGGAGCCACUUCAAGAACCAGGCAGUCUGACUCCAGACUCCAUGCUCCACCCUCUACCCCCUCACUCCCAUACCCCACGGAUACCACCAAGACUGGCAGCUAUGUCAAAUCAUCCUUCAGCUACCAGAUAUGACUCUUAAUUCAGACCAUGGAAAAUUUGAUUUCUUGUGGCCAAAGGACAUUAUAAAAUGUAGAGUAAUCCUCCCAGUGAGCUAGUAUUCAUUUUUAAGUAUGAAGAUACCUUAUUUCAAGGGUAAUUUCAUAAAGUAACUAUUAGUACAGCAUAACCAUGUUAGUUUAACAGCAGUGUCUAAAACAACUUUGCUCUUUGUUUUCUUUCUUUCAAGAAAGAGAGUAAGAGUCAUGAUCAGGGUCCCAUCUACUUUCAAGUUAAAAGUAAGGCCAAUAUGAAUGGGGCAGGAGAAGUCUUAUGAUUCCCUGAGGAUUUAACUGGAGGGUUUGUACCCUAAGAAGAAACUGUCACCUCACUAGAAAGGGUGAUGGUUCUGGGCCAGUAUUAAACUUCAAGUUUCCAAGCUGCCAAACAGGUCUUAAGGGAGUUGCUUACAUCCACCACCACCAUCCCAGCGCUGGGGCUCCCAGGAGACCACAGCUGUUCCCUCCUGAAUGGAUAUGAAGCACUGUAAUAGCAUUAAAGCUUUCCCUGAACGUGCAA